UCCUCGUUGUUAACUAUUCAUAUUCUGACAGAUAAAUCUCAAGCGUGCUCGCAUACUAGUGAACUCGCAUGUUUUACAUCAAAAGGUUCCUGGUAAGAUUCUGUUCUUCAGUCGACUUGAGCAUUUUUUGAGCAUUUUGUUUGAAUGGAAUAAAUAACAUCAUUUUGAUCAGGAAUCAGUGACUGCAACAGGAUGGAAAAUGUGUUAGUGUGGGAAAGAUUUAUUCGACCGAAAAUUACUUUCGGUGUGCCCUUGGAAGAGAUGGUUACUGGCAAAAAACGUGGCUCUGUGUUGAGGAGACUUGUUAAACUAUAUGCGGAGGAGAAAUAUUUUCUUGCGGUGAACCAAAUGCAAACAGAAUUUGAGGUCUUUGUGUCCUUUAAGGAGGGAGCUACAAAUGUUACAGUUCUUCGAAGCGGGUGGCAAUCCUACUGGCUCCAUCAGAAUCGGACCAGAUCAGACGAUGAAGUGUUGAGCCAGCCUGAGGGAAGUUUGAUUGAAUUGAAGGAUAAAUUUGAUGAUUUUCUGAUACAAGUAAAAAAGAAUGAUUUUCUGAUACAAGUAAAAAAGAGUGGAUGGGAUACAGAUAAGGUCAAUCUCAAGGUACCAAAGGAAAUCUCAAUCCAGGAACAUCUUACCCUCUAAUCAUCUAUUGAGCAUAUUGAGUUUGAUAUCUUGGAAGGGAACGGAUCUCCGGGUCGGGUUUCUUUCGGAUCGCCUCCCACUAAUUUUCAGGGGGCUACGUAUUGGUCGAGAAGUUAUGCAUUGGUAGAUACGUUGUUGCGGGGUGAUAUUGUUGUUCUCCGGUAAAUCUAGUUCUUAAUUACUGUUCUUCAUUUAGCACGUUUUUUUUCUCCCAAUUCUGUCAUGGCUUCUUCUUGUCAGCGGAUCUUGUUAGUUGAUCAGGUUUUCGCUUAAGAUCAUUGUCUUCCUUUCUUAAAUUCAUAGAUGUAUAGAUCACUUUUCAAAUAUUUUAGUGUUAGAUCAUAAGAAAAUAUAAAUUGUAGUAGGUCCCUGCUAAAUUUUGCUCUUGUUACAUGGAUACAUUGGAUGGACUUGUGUUGUUCAUUGGUCUCAACCAUGGGUUUGUUCUUAGGGGAGAUGAAUUCCCGGAGUUAAAGCCCGA